UAACAGAUACAUUUUUUUUUUUAUCAAAAAUGAAGUAUACAGGUAUUUUGUUACAAGCAAUGAUAAGGUAUUCUACUAAUUAGAAGGGGAUUAAAACGUUAUCAUUUUUCAAAUGGCCUCCGAAUAAAACUGGAUUACUUUUGUUCGCUCUUCGGGCGCUGGUUGUGGUGAGAGAUGGGGUGCUAUUGGAGCAGCUAGCCGUAAAAUAUUCGUUUAUUUACUAUGUAUCAGUGGACAAACGUUAAUAUUAUUACACAAUAUGUUUCAGAAUAAACUGACAUCAGAUGAAGAGGUAAUCGUCGCGAAACGUAUCCGCGAAUACAUCAUCGAGCACCAAGCUAUAUUAGACUGUAUUUCUGAACUGCAAAACCAUUUUUCGCCUGCAUUAUUAGUUCAACUUUUGACAUCAGUAGUGAUCAUUUGCGUAACUGCAUACCAAUUGGCUGUGGAGAAAUCUUCAGACUUGCUGCGAAAGUUCACCAUGGCUUCCUUUCUAUUUGCAAUGUCCACUGAAAUGUUCACGUUCGGCUAUCAAGGGGGGCACCUGUCACAUGAUAGUAUGGAGGUGGCAACGGCAGCGUAUAGUUGUCCUUGGUACACGUUCCCCACAUCGCUCAAACGAUCACUGUUGGUGAUCAUGAUACGCGCCCAGCAGCCGGCUUUACUCACAGCUGGAGGCUUCACGACCCUUUCACUAGAAACUUUUGUUACAAUAAUGAAAGCAUCAUACAGUUUCUUCACCGUUCUUCAGGAAGCUACAGAUUGAACUCACAUUUUAUGCCUGCCAUUCACGCACGGACUAAAUAGUUUCCAACCCACUGGGAUAUGACUUGUCCGUGCGACUCUUGGCAAGCAUUCCUCAAACUGGCUACAGCUCGACACAGACUACGGCAAUGAGGCCCACAUUAUCUUUAAAAUAUAUAUUUUUAAUAUUGAAAUAUAACUAAGUCGAGCUAUUGUUGUCACUUUUCUAUUAUUCAAAAUGCAAUAAAAAUAAAGUCGAGUAUUAAUCUACUAUUAAAUACACCGACAAUUUAAUAUAUGCUUUUAAAAACACUUCAUGCUUCUUUAUAAAAUCACUUUUGAAAUAUCCAUCAAUUUGAUUAAUUUAUUGUUCUUAAUUAAAGAGAUUGGAAUUGCUGUAGUUAAGAUAUUAACCUGUAAAAUAUUAAAUCGAAAUUAAAGAAAUACAGUUUUACUGCA